GUCCGUCGCAACCACCGCGUCGUCCACUCCUACUCCCUUUUCUAUCGCUUCCGAGCCAUCGCCCCCUCCCUCACUCUCGCAGCCGCCACUUCUAGAAGCUUCGACGCUGCUGCUGCGCCCAUGGCCGCGGAAGCCAAGACGCCGUCCCUCGCCGAGGAAUACUCACUUCCACCAGAAGAAAUUCCAGCGGAAAAGGCUGCUGAGGAGAAACCCUCAAGUGGCACGGAGACCGAAGCUGCUCCCUCAACAAAUGAUGAAACUCCUCCAGCUGUAGAAGACAAGAAUGAAACUUCUGAAGCGCAAGAUACUGCUGACAAGUCAGAGGCAGAAGAAUCCAACCCUGUAGCAGAGGAAACAAGUGAGAGUGCUGAGGAGGAAGAGGCUGAGGAGAAACCUGAGAUCAAGAUUGAAACAGCCCCAGCAGAUUUCCGUUUCCCAACAACAAAUCAAACAAGGCACUGUUUCACACGUUAUGUUGAAUACCACAGAUGUGUAGCUGCAAAAGGAGAGGAUGCGCCGGAGUGUGAUAAGUUUGCAAAGUACUAUCGAUCCCUUUGCCCUGGUGAAUGGGUUGAUCGCUGGAAUGAGCAACGCGAAAACGGCACCUUCCCUGGACCUCUGUAAUCCCAUCAACCGGAGGAUGAUCUCGUGAUGUUGUGCCGGCCUCUCUUCCUUGGUAACUGGUGCCAAGUUAUCAGAGACAGAGAAAUCGUCUUUUUGGAGAACACUACAAAAUAAAAAUAUUCUUUUUGACUUGAAGAAUGCCCUGUACUUCCUAACUGCCGUGUUCUGCGUUGCUGAGAAACUCGCAUCACAGUUAUAAUUUUCCUUACACUUGAAAAAGGAAUCCUGUUUUCCCAUCUUUGCGGUGUAACGCAGCUUACA